AUGAUGAAAAAGAUGAUGAGUGAUAUACAGAAGAUGAUGACAAACCAGCAGAAGUUGAUAACAGAUAAUGAGAAUCGCGAUUUGGCUGUGCGAAAUUUAGAGAGGCAGAUGGGACAGAUAGCGGGUGCACAAAAUACUAGACUACCUGGAGGACUUCCAAGUGAUACGCAUGUGAAUCCCAAGCCUUGUAAUGCUAUGACUCUUCGAAAUGGGAGAGAAUUAGAGAAAGUGGCUCCAAAGAAAACCAGUCGAGUAGAAGCUGAAAAAGAGAAGAUUGUCGAGGAGAUGAUUGAAAAAGAGAGGGUAGUCGAGACACCAGUGGAAAAGCAACCACAACCCGUGGUUUCAGAGCCACCACCUCCAUUCCCUCAACGUUUGGCAAGACAAAAAGAAGAGGCUACUUACAAGAAGUUUCUUGAUUUGCUUAAGCAGGGUAUUCCAAAGUAUGCUAAGUACAUCAAAGAUAUUGUUUCAAACAACAGCCGAUUCAUAGAGUAUGCCACUGUUGCACUUACUGAGGAGUGCACUUCUCGUAUUCAAAACAGGUUGCCCACUAAAUUGAAGGAUCCGGGAAGUUUCACGAUCGAGAUUUCUAUUGGGAAACAGGUUAUUGCUCGAGCACUAUGUGAUCUAGGUGCAAGUAUAAAUUUGAUGCCUUCAUUUAUCUUCAGGAAGCUAGGUUUGGGAGUGCCCAGACCAACCACUAUAGUUCUUCAGCUGGCAGACAUUUCGUUAGCAAGACCCGAAGGCAUUAUUGAAAAUGUAUUGGUACAAGUAGGGUCGUUGAUAAUUCCUGCAGACUUCGUGAUUUUGGACUUCGAGCCAGAUCCGGAAGUCCCAUUUAUUUUGGGGCGUCCAUUCUUGGCCACAGGGAGAGCACUUAUUGAUGUAGCUGUUGGGUAG